UCACUUGACAUAUCGCUAAAAAAAAUCUCGUGCAUACUGGGAUUGUUAUUAACAUUGUUCACAUCAAUCCUGCAAGAAAAAAGGAUUUUUGAGGCUUUGAACGUGAAGCAGCCAUCAUUUUUGUUGUAUCACCACUCUAAAAACCCAAAUAAUUCACCAUGGUGACUCCUUUGAUCAAAACUCCAUUCACUGACUUGACCAGUGGCAUCAUCAAUUGUCAGUACUACGACAAAUGCGGCGAACGCGAAUUGGCCAUGACGGAGUGCUUGGAAGCCUACGGUCUGGAAAGAGGCAAGAAGAAGUGUGCAGAUUUAAUAGCAGAUUUUCAGGAGUGUUUCACUAUGAAAAAGCAACUUUUGCGAGUUGCUGAGAUGAAAAUGGAACGAGAACGACAAUACUGGAUGGGUGAGCGAUCAAAGGAAGAGAGAUAUGCCAAGCCACCAAGAAUGGAUGCCUAUUAAGAGGUUCACCGGUAAUAAAAACAUGAAAAUAUUCAAAAUUAGUGGCGAUACUUUUAUUCGAAAACCGUAAAUAAAUCAAAUUAUUAUUUCAAGGGAA